AAAAAAAAAAAAAAGCAGCAGAUUUGAAUUGGGCCUUUCUGAAUUUUCAUAAUCGGUCACGGGCCUAAAUAUAUUGAAAGAAGCCCAAAAAGAUUAAAGGGACACGCCAUCUUUAAGACUAUGCUUUACUAAUCGACGAUUCCUAAAUCUAGGAAUAGGUCGUUGAUGUUUGUGGGCUGGGCCUCUGUGGAAGGGCAACCUCGUGGUUCCUUCUUGCUGCGACGGCAGAGGAAAGAAAGCGGAAGCUCAGUGUUGGACUGCAGCUCCCCGCUUAACCUGUGCAGUCUAACAUUGAGCUACCCUUUCUGCAGUCCUAAAAGGUCAGAGCGCCUGUCUGACUUCUACUCCUCACGUUUCCGUAGGCAAGUGUGUAGUCUCCGCAAUGGCUCAGCUCCAGACACGCUUCUUCACUGACAACAAGAAAUAUGCUGUAGAUGAUGUUCCCUUCUCAAUUCCUGCAGCCUCAGAAAUUGCUGACCUUAGUAACCUCAUCAAUAAAUUGCUGGAGGCCAAAAAUGAAUUCCACAAACAUGUGGAGUUUGAUUUCCUUAUCAAGGGCCAGUUUCUGCGAAUGCCGUUGGUCAAACACAUGGAAAUGGAAAACAUCUCAUCAGAAGAGGUUGUGGAGCUAGAAUAUGUGGAGAAGUACACUGCACCUCAGCCAGAGCAAUGCUUGUUGCAUGAUGAUUGGAUCAGUUCAAUCAAAGGGGAGGAGGAAUGGAUCUUGACUGGUUCUUAUGAUAAGACUUCCCGGAUCUGGUCCUUGGAAGGAAAGUCAAUAAUGACGAUUGUGGGACAUACAGACGUUGUAAAAGAUGUGGCCUGGGUGAAAAAAGACCGCUUGUCUUGCCUCCUCCUGAGCGCCUCUAUGGAUCAGACCAUUCUCCUGUGGGAAUGGAAUGUAGAAAGAAACAAAGUGAAAGCCCUCCACUGCUGCAGAGGUCAUGCUGGAAGUGUGGACUCCGUAGCUGUUGAUUGCACAGGAACUAAAUUCUGCAGUGGCUCCUGGGAUAAGAUGCUGAAGAUCUGGUCUACAGUCCCUACAGAUGAAGAUGAUGAAAUGGAGGAAUCCACACAUCGACCAAGAAAGAAACAGAAAACAGAGCAAUUGGGACUAACAAGGACUCCCAUAGUGACCCUCUCUGGCCACAAGGAACCAGUUUCUUCAGUACUCUGGUCAGAUGCUGAAGAAAUCUGCAGUGCGUCUUGGGAUCACACAAUUCGAGUGUGGGAUGUUAUGUCUGGCAGCCUUAAGUCAACUUUGACAGGAAAUAAAGUGUUUAAUUGUAUCUCCUAUUCUCCACUUUGUAAACGCUUAGCGUCUGGAAGCACAGAUCGGCAUAUCAGACUGUGGGAUCCCCGAACUAAAGAUGGUUCUUUGGUGUCAUUAUCCCUUACCUCACAUACAGGCUGGGUCACAUCAGUAAAAUGGUCUCCUACCCAUGAACAGCAACUGAUUUCAGGUUCUUUAGAUAACAUUGUCAAGCUGUGGGAUACAAGAAGUUGCAAGGCUCCUCUCUAUGAUCUGGCUGCUCAUGAAGACAAAGUUCUGAGUGUAGACUGGACAGACACAGGGUUACUUCUGAGUGGAGGAGCAGACAAUAAAUUGUAUUCCUACCGAUAUUCACCAACCACUUCCCAUGUCGGGGCAUGAAAGUGAACGAUAAAUUUAACUACAGACAUUAUUUCUAUAAAUGAAACUGAUAGAGAAUCCUCAGAUGACAGCUGUGCAGAUUCAGAAAGCAGCCCUUUAAAGUUUAUACAGUGUUUUCAGUCUUGAUAAUAGGUUUCAUUGUCUUUUUCAUUGCUUUGUAUUUAUUAUACAGCAUUUGUGUUUAUAAAACAUAAAAUGUGGCCUGCAGUUUCUGCCUUCUGCAAAUUCUUAAGACUAAAUGGAGUUUUUUAUUUCUUUUUAAAGAUACUGGUUUGAAUUAUGAUUUGCUUUUGAAAUACUAUAAAAGCACAUAUUAAAAAUACAGUUAUUGUCCAGAUUUUUAUUUCUGAUGGCAAAAUCUAAGUUUUUAAAGUUAGCUGUUUAAAAAUUAUUUUCAAACAGCAUCUUUAAAAACUAACACAUUUUACUAGAGAAGAAAAUGAGAAAUAAAAUGUUUGCUGAAUACUUUAUGUCUAACUAUAUGACAUUGUCCAUAUUCAGAACAUUAAAACAUAAACAUACAGAUGUUGCCAAUAUAUUAAGAACUUAUUAAAAUAGUUUACGUGAAGUACUUUGUAUUAAAAGUAUCUCAGAAUCCUUUAGAAAUUGUAUACAGAUUUCAUGAUAACCAGGAAUCUCCCUAACCUACCGUGUAUGUAGAUGAGAAUAGAAUCUUUAGAUAAAACUUUAGUCUGUAUUCAAUAAUAAAACAUUCCACAAAUUUUA